AUGGCGGAGAAUUACCAAAAGAAAGAGCUACUUGCUCUCAUGAACACAGGUAACAACAAGCUUUGUGUGGAUUGCAAUGCACCUUCACCUCAAUGGGCAAGUGUGAGCUAUGGUACUUUUAUCUGUCUGGAGUGUUCCGGUGUUCACAGAGGUUUUGGCGUCCACAUCUCCUUUGUCAGAAGUAUCACGAUGGAUAAAUGGUCAGAGGAUCAACUAAAGAAGAUGAAGCUCGGAGGCAAUGAAGCUUUCAAGUCUUUCAUGGAGAAUUAUGGUCCCGGAGGUGGUUAUACUAAAGGAAUGGGCAUGCAGGAGAAAUACAAUUCUUGGGCCGCGACUCAAUAUCGAGAGAAGCUCGCAGCAGCAUGUGCUGAUCCACCUCAAGCAUGGUCCCCAUCUUCACCACCUCCAGCAUCAGCUGCUCCAUCUAGACCAACGUCAGCCCAAGCUACUCGUAAAUCAAGAGCUGGAGGUGGAGGUAUCGGAUCAUCCAACCUAAACCCAUCCAUUGCACCAGCCCAAAAAGCCGAGAAUGAAGCCUUUUUCGAGAGAAUGGGGAAUAACAACGCCAAUAGACCAGAUCAUCUACCACCUUCUCAAGGAGGUAAAUAUGCGGGAUUCGGUUCUUCUCCUUCAUAUACACCUGAUCAAGGAGGAUCAGGAUCAGGAUCAGGAAAUCAUCCUUCAUACGCAUUAUCAAGUCAUUCAGCACCUACUCUAGACGAAUUACAAAAGAAUCCCUUGGGAGCUUUGAGUAAAGGAUGGGGAUUGUUUUCAUCUGCAGUAGCUAUUGCAGCGGGUGAAAUCAACCAAUCUGUAGUUAAACCAGGUAUGGCUAAAGCCACUGAAUAUACUUCAGGUGAAGGAGGAGAAAACCUAAAACAAUAUUUAAAUACAGCUGCUGAACAAGCUAAAGAAGCUUCUUAUUGGGCAAGUCAACGUGCUAAUGAAGGCUGGGAUCAAUUAAACGAUGUAGCAAAACAAAAAGGUGGUUUAGAUUUAAAUCAACAAUUGGGUAAAUUGGGUUUAGGUAAAUCAGGUCCAGGUAACCCAAAUCAAAGAGGUUAUGGUCAAUUAGAAAGAUCAGGUGAUGCAGAAGAAGGUUUCAUAACUCCUCAUGGUGGUGCCGAUCAGGACGAUUUCUUUGACAGUUGGGAUAAUCAACCUACUUCAGCUGCUUCAGCGAACACUGCCGGAUCAGCUAAACAAUCUGGUAAUGCUGCAAAGGGUAAAAAAGAUGGAUGGGAGGAUGAUGAGUGGAAGGAUUUCUAA